CACAUGUAUAGCCAGGUAGAGAUAGGCUGGCUGACUAGUGACUAGUGAGUUGUGUCCUUUUCCUCUUUCAGUUCAGGAUAGUAGCAGCCAUUGCUGACAGUUAACAAGGCCAGAAGGACGGGAAUGGAGCUCACUAAUGUCCCCCAUAUUGCAGCCUCCUCCCGCUUCUUCUCCAGCUGCAGUCGUUGCACCUGCAGGAUUAGAAGAAGUGGGAAGACGAGGAUAGGAGCUUCUGCUGCUGGUCGUAGGUGCAGUAGUGAUGAUUCUGCUUGUUCAGAACCCUCUGAGCAGCAAAAUGCAGAUUUCUUUUCAGGUCCCAUAUCUUCUCUUUGUUAUACAAGGAGGGACUUUGCUUCUGUUGCUCUGCUCCCUUUCAUACUUCCUCAUGUUCAUAUAGCGAGUGCGGCUGAGCCAAUUGAUGGUUCAAUUAUUCAAAACGGUGUGAGGAAUGUUUUAUCCAAGGUCAAGGCUGCUGGCAUGCUUCGUUUGGCUUUCCAUGAUGCAGGGACUUUUGAUAUUGCUGAUAAAUCAGGUGGCAUGAAUGGAUCUAUAAUUUAUGAAGUUGAUAGACCUGAAAAUACUGGGCUAAAUAAAUCCAUAAAGGUAUUAGGAAAAGCGAAAGAAGUAAUUGACCUUGUGCAGCAAGUAUCAUGGGCGGAUUUGAUUGCCGUGGCUGGUGCUGAGUCAGUUGCGCUAUGUGGAGGGCCAGAAAUUCCAGUAAGACUAGGUCGAUUAGAUUCCAGUACUGCUGAUCCUGCUGGUAAACUUCCUGAAGAAACAUUGGAUGCCACUGCGCUGAAAACAUUAUUCAGCAAAAAGGGCUUUUCGACACAGGAGAUGGUUGUGUUAUCUGGAGCACACACAAUUGGAGGUAAAGGAUUCGGGAAUCCAAAUAUUUUCGACAACUCCUAUUUUAAAGUACUCCUUGAGAAGCCACAGCCAUCUUCAUCUGGCAUGCCGGCAAUGGUAGGACUGCGAACGGAUUGGGCACUCACUGAAGAUGAUGAAUGCUUAAGAUGGAUCAAUUUAUAUGCACAGGACCAAGCUAAAUUUUUUGCCGACUUCAAGGAUGCAUACAUCAAGCUUGUAAAUACUGGAGCCUCAUGGAGAUCAGCUUAAUUUUACUCGCACACAGCUCUCUCUCGUGUAGGCUAUUAGGCACGAUUCAAACGUAGGAACCUCAGAGAAUUUUUGUGGAAAACAAAGCAAUGGAGGUCUGGAUUUCUUAAUAUUUACUCCAAAGACAAGCUUUCACCGUAAAUUUCUUACUGUUACGAAAUCAUAGUCAUUAAAUAGGAGUUUCGAACAUGAAUCCAACAAAUAUAUUUUUGUAUAGCAAAACCUAUAUAUUAUUUUAUUACCAAGGGUCAAAGCAUAGAACUAGACAAUCAAAAUCCUCCUUAUAUUUUUGAAUGUAGGGGGCUAAUAAAUCAUGCAGUUCUGUAGGAUAUAUUUUCAACAAACAUCAAUAAGGAAUGUAAGAAUUGGAACUUUCAUGUUAAAGGCAGCGUUCUUUUCUGAAA